GACACAGAAGAGCAGGGACACCAAACUGCCAGGCAGCGGUGGCUCAGCUGCGUAGGAUAAACCCUGUUUUCUGCUCGGUUUGACGCUGGAAAAAAAGUCCCGCGAAAGCCCGACUGUAGCAAGAUGGGAUCGGCCUCCUCCUCUUACCGGCCCAAGUGUAUUUAUUUGGAUAUUAACGGAAGAAUUCAAAAGGUGAUCUUUAGUAAAUAUUGCAACUCCAAAGAUAUCAUGGACCUCUUCUGCAUUGCAACAGGGCUACCGAGGAACACAACCAUCUCCCUUCUGACGGCAGACAAUUGCAUGGUAUCCAUUGAUCCGACAAUGCCUGCAAACUCAGAGAGGUCUCCAUACAAAGUGAUACCUGUUGCAACAGGGCAGCUCUCAGAGAAAGAAGAAUUGUUCCAGAAUUUACUGGGGCAGAUUGCUGAGCAGUUUUCAAGGGUUUUUAAAAUCAGUGAGCUGAAAACGGAAGUAGCUAAUCACUUGGCAAUGCUGGAGAAAAAGGUUGAAUUGGAAGGCCUGAAAGUAGUGGAGAUUGAGAAAUGCAAGAGCGACAUUAAAAAGAUGAGGGAGGAAAUGGCAGCAAGAAGCAGCAGGACUAGCUGUCCCUGCAAGUACAGCUUUUUGGAUGAAAAUAAGAGGCUGACCCCCCGGCGGGAUGUACCAACUUACCCAAAGUACCUGCUGUCCCAGGAGACCAUUGAAGCACUUCGGAAACCAACCUUUGAUGUCUGGCUGUGGGAGCCCAACGAGAUGCUGAGUUGUUUGGAACAUAUGUACCAUGAUCUUGGGUUGGUAAAAGACUUCAACAUCAAUCCUAUCACGUUAAAGAGGUGGUUGCUGUGUAUUCAUGACAAUUACAGAAACAACCCCUUUCAUAAUUUCCGGCACUGCUUCUGUGUGACCCAGAUGAUGUACAGCAUGAUCUCACUCUGCAGCCUCCAGGAGAAAUUUUCCCAAAUUGACAUCUUGAUUCUCAUGACUGCAGCAGUAUGCCAUGACUUGGACCAUCCAGGCUAUAAUAAUACCUACCAGAUAAACGCCCGAACGGAGCUCGCGGUGCGCUACAAUGACAUCUCCCCACUGGAGAACCACCACUGUGCUGUGGCUUUCCAGAUCAUUUCCCAGCCAGAAUACAACAUUUUCUCCAACGUCAACCAGGAACAAUUCAAACAGAUAAGACAGGGGAUAAUUACGUUAAUCCUGGCUACAGACAUGGCGAGACAUGCAGAAAUACUGGACUCUUUCAAGGAAAAAAUGGAAAAUUUUGAUUACUCAAAUGAAGAACACAUGACCUGUCUGAAGAUGGUACUGAUAAAAUGCUGUGAUAUCUCCAAUGAAGUCCGCCCAAUGGAAGUAGCAGAGCCCUGGGUAGACUGCUUACUAGAGGAAUAUUUUAUGCAGAGUGACCGAGAAAAAUCUGAGGGGCUUCCAGUGGCACCAUUCAUGGACCGUGAUAAAGUGACCAAGCCAACUGCACAGAUUGGCUUCCUGAAGUUCGUUCUCAUCCCCAUGUUUGAAACAGUAACAAAGCUAUUUCCAGAAGUGGAGGAGGUGAUGCUCCAGCCCCUUUGGGAAUCUAGGGACCGCUAUGAGGAAUUAAAACAGAUAGACGAUGCUAUGAAAGAACUGCAGAAAAAGAAAAGUGAAGGCUUGACCACCGGCAGCACUGAAAAGUGA